GUCUACUUUCGUUUUUACGGAAUACUUCCGUAAUGCAUCCCAACCAUAUGAGCGAUUAUAUAUACUGUGUAUAUGCAAGUAAAAUGCAUAGGAAAAGGGUUUUUUACGAAUUAACCACUCAUUUGAUUUUGUUUUUCGAACAGAAGUUUCCACUUAAAAGUCUACUUUUUAAGUCUAAUUGCUCCCUGUUAUUUAUUAGAGGCGUGCAUAUUAACAUACUCGCCAACGCAUGAUGUCAUCGUUUGUUAAAGUGGGGUUGUUAUUCUGACUAAUUUUAUACUAUGUGACUGAAUUUAUAGAGCUAAAUAACUUGUAAUAUCUUAGAAAUUCCUAUCUCUAAAAAUCGUUUCGUGUUCUUAGCAGCUACGCCAUCAUGCAUUAACGUUGUCCUCUACAGAUACCCAUGCCACAGAAUAAGAAGGUAUAGCAGAAGCGUAACUCUAGUCGUUUCCCUUAUUGUUUUACGUCCACGAAAAUUUUAACUCGCUCACGCCAAUCCACGUCAUCCUGGCUAGUACAACCGGAAGUUUUUAUCAGGUUUUGGUAGGUACAAAGUGCCGGUUGUACUAGCCAGGAUGACGUGAUUAAAAUCGUCAAAACACAAUUUAGAAAUGUGGUCGCAAAAGUUGAACUGGUUCAAGAACAACUUCGAGGACAACUCAACAAGCAGGAAGAAAGCAAUCGUCGGCUUGAAGCGGACAAUGUAGAAAUAAAGAGAAGUUUAAAUGAAAUUACGAAACAACUGAAGAGAAUGACACAACAAACAUCACAUGAAGUCCAGGCUGAAGAAAUGAAGAAAGAUAUUGCAGAAGGUGGAAUGGACAGAGAGCCGAAGGUCCUUGUUGCUGGAGGCUGGGAUGGGACAAAACAUCUAAAUUCAGUGGAAAUGUUCAGUCACUCAAACGCGACCUGGACACCACUAAAGCCAAUGAAAGAAAGUCGUACGAGAGCAUAUUCAUUGGAGGUCAUGAUAAGAAUGCAGCAAUGAAGUCGAUUGAAAAACUAUCGUUGAAUGCUGUUCAUGCAGUUGACCAGUCCAUAACUUGGGAAAACGUUCUUGUUAAGUUACCUGCACCAUUGAAGGGACACUGCAGUGUAGUUUAUAAUGGACGGUUGAUAGUGAUUGGAGGUUAUGAUGGUGGUAUAUAUUCUGAUAGUAUUAUUGAGAUUUCCCUUCUUCCACCUUAUACCAAUAAACUGUUGACUGCCAUGCCACAGUCAAGAUGUUAUCAUGGUAUUGCAAUGUUUGGUGACAAGAUACUGAUUCUUGCAGGUACGGUCUUAAUCUUGGUUUAUAGUACGAAGUUUGCAAGCGUUUUGUUGUAUGAUAUUAUUAAGAAUGAAUGUAAGGAGUUAGCAGCACUCCCCUACCCCGUGUCUGACAUGGCCACAGUCAAGUGGGGUGAUGACAGUGUGAUCAUAGUGGGUGGUGCUGGCAGUAACAUUCAAGCAUUAAACAAAGUUUUAUUAUACAACAUCAAGACCCAGAAGAGUCGUAUGUUACCAGACAUGAAGUAUAAGAGGAGAGGAUGUGUGGCUGCAGUUGUCAGAGACACUGUGAUUGUCAUGGGAGGCCGAGAUGAAAGAGGAUAG